AUGGCUGUGGUGCCAGAAAAUCUGGAAUGGUCUCUCACGGUCCCGAGCGUAAAAGAGCUCGUGAUCCAACUUCCGGCGACCGUGCCAACUCGAUACAUAAGAGAUGAGAAGGACGCCCCUAUUGCUCCGGUCUCUGAUCCUUCCGUUUGCAUACCCUUGAUCGACAUGGCAAAGCUUGUCAAUCCAAAGGACAGAGAAAUGGAGCUUCAGAAGCUUCAUGUUGCAUGCAAAGACUGGGGGAUAUUUCAG